AGAGAGAGAGACCAUGGAUUCAAAGUUGUAUAAUGCCGCAGCUGGAGGUGAUAUUAAGUCCCUAGAGGGAUUUAAAUCAUCAGAACUACUGCAAGUAACGCGUUUAGAGAACACAAUCCUUCAUGUUGCAGUACAAGCGGCAUCAGCACGAUAUGGAGCAUAUGAUGAAACCCCAGAAAAGAUGGAGGCAAAAAUUGGGAAGAUUUGCGAUUUAUGUCCAUCCCAUAUCGGACGAGCAAACUUGGAUGGCGAUACUCCGCUACAUAUCGCUGCAAGAGGAGGCCGAUAUGACAUAGUAGAACUACUCAUUAGUAAGUAUGCUGAUAUUGAGAUUGGAUCUUCUUCCUUACUACUGAAAAUGGUGAAUUCAAAGAAAGAUACGGCUUUACAUGAAGCCCUUAAAAAUCAUCACCUUUUCGAUCGGAAAUAUCAGCAGGAGUACCUUAAGGUAGUGGAGAUCUUGAUUAAUAAAGACCCACAAUUGUCCAAUUUCAUUAAUGAUGCCACCAAAGAAAGCCCAGUUUUUAUAGCUGCCAGGGAAGGAUUACUCGAUUUCUUGAAAGUGGUCUUGAAUUCUUGCUGCUCAGAAUAUGGUGGCCCUGCCAAAAUGACUGCUUUGCACGCAGCAGUUCUUUUAAGGGAAGAAGGAGACAAGAUUGGAAAGGAUGGUUUCCUACCAGCAAAGAAAGGAGGGACAAGAAAAACAGUUUUAGAUAUCAUAGAAAACUUAAUGAGAAGAAAGCCCGAUCUCAUCGAAGAAGAAGAUGAAUUCGAGCUAACUCCACUUCAUUAUGCUGCAAACUUGCAUUCUGAUGAGAAGAUCAAGGAUUCUCAUGAGAGGGUUAAAAAGUUGCUGGAUCCGGAACUUGCCAGUGGUCAUAUACCAUCAGUUAUUUAUCGCUCGGACAAAAAUGGCAUGACAGCGCUUCAUUACGCAGCUCUUAGAGGCGAUUAUAAAUCGAUCGAUGCGUUGAUUCAAUGUUGUCCAGAUUGCUUCGAGCAGGUCGAUAAGAGAGGAUGGACCACCCUUCAUUUUGCUGUCAAAGCUGGAAAUGACUCUACCAUCAAGUCUAUUACAAAGAAUCCAAAGCUUGGAAGCAUUUCAAUGUUUAUGGUGAACAAGAGUGACAAGAAUGGAGACACACCUUUACAUCUUGCUGCCAAGAUUUCAAACCUUGAUGCAUUGAGAUUUCUCAUGGAUAUCCUUCAAGUGGACAAAAGAGCCCUAAACAAAGACACCUUGACAGCUUUGGACAUUCUUAAAGCAAAGGGAAUUGAUGAUAUCUUGGAAAAGAAAUCCCUUACAAACAAUUUGAAGAGUAAAACAGGUGUAGUCUCUAGUCAAGCUCCAAAGAUUGCUGAGAAUGAAACCAAACAAGAUGGAGAACUUGAUAAGGGGGACCAAAAGACCCAAGAUCGUAAUGAUGAAGGGCAAGUCCUAAAAAAGAAAGAUGAAGACAUAGGCCAAGUACGUGAAAUCCAACUGUUGGUGGCAACCCUUAUAGCUACCGUUUCCUUUGCAGCUACUUUCACAAUGCCUGGAGGUUACAAUAGUGAUGGCCCAGAUCAGGGCAUGGCAACUUUAAGUGCAAAAGCAGCUUUCAUAGUAUUUGCAAUAUCAAACACAUUGGCAAUGGCACUAUCUACUUCUGCUAUAUUUGUCCACUUCAACGCCACCACCACAACAAUUUAUGAUCUUUCCACUGACACAGCUGCUAAAUUCAUUAUUCUUGCUAAUACUGGAAUGGUAAUAGCUUUUGUGACAAGCACAUACUUAGUACUUGCCAACAAUCGACCACUUGCUAUCUCCACAACUGUUAUUGGUUGCUUAUUUUUCCUUGUUGUUGGAGGGAAACUUUUAACUAGCUUUUUUAAGUAUUGUGUUGGUCCAAUUUUCUGUAAUAAGUGUUGUGGUUUUACAUGUUUGCUUUGUUGCUGUCUACCAUUCCUCUGUUGCUUCAAAGGUGAUAAUAAAAAGUCAGAGGGGGAGAAGAAGCCAGUGGAGGAGAAGAAGCCUUUGCAAAGUUCUGCAGAAGAAGAUUCGAAAGUAAUUAAGGUCGUUUAGGAAUGGAAUCUGCAUUUCAAUUAUGUUAUUUGUGUCUCCUAAUUAACUAUUGCUUGUAAAAGUUAUGUACUAUAUGGACAUUUUCCGUAUUAAUGAAGCCUUAGUUAU